CGGUUAAAAUGUUAGAAGGGACGUUUAGCUGUAAAAACAUCGACAGACGCGUGUGUUUGUGAAUGUUUCGUGUUUCCUGGUAAAGAUGUGAAUACAAAAAACUCCGAAUAACUUUGCUUGUAGAAAUGUUCGCGUUUGUUUUCACUAGCAUUGCUUGCUACUGUUUUUAGCCCUAGCCAGCUGGCAUGGCGUGAAUUCCGCAAACCCAAAGAACCAAUGUCAAGUUUGCGUCGAGCUAGCUAACGGGACAGUUUGAUACGGUCUGCAGGUUAUAAUUAGCUAUGAACGUGUUGCUGUCGUUUUCCUCUGGACUGUGCAGAUCAAAUGACAAUUAAAACUGCCUCUCAAUCACUGUUUGCAGGUCUGGACGAGCCGAAAUGGUCGCCCCAGCCCCAUCACCCCAGAGAGAUUUCUAGCGGUGACACCAGCAAGUCCGCCGCAUCCUGGCCCCACAAGAACCCAAACUGUGGCUCUCUUUCUUUUCUAUGACACAUCCAAUUCAUGCCCAGCUAGAUUCGGUAGAAUCGCUGUUGGACGAACUCCCAUAUAUGUUUUAUCUGGGCCUGUUCUUUGUGAACGUGCUGAUCCUCUAUUAUGCCUUUUUGAUGGAGUACAUCGUCCUGAAUGUGGGGAUAGUAUUUCUACCUGAGGAUAUGGACCAGGCGCUGGUGGAACUCGGGGUUCUGUCCGACCCGGCCUCUGUCCCUUAUGACACGGACACGGAGCUGGAUGUGUUUGAGGCGUAUCUUGAGUGACAUGGCGAUCCUGGAGGAAGAUAAUUCAAUCUAAGUAGUAGUAGAGGUGGUGAUUGGACUAGCGUGAACACUCCCUGUUCAGUGAUGUGGGGGGAAAAGGCCUCAAAGUCUCACAAAGACAUAUCAGUGAAAAAGUUGUCUCGGCUC